GUCUUCUGCAUUGUCGGUGCCAAGUUGGUGCCAAGUUGAUGCCAAGUUGAUGCCAAGUUGGUGCCAAGUUCAACCUCGAAACAACACCUGUAGGACUGCACAAUGUUGUUUAGACAGCUUGCCCUCGCUACUACCAGCGGUCUUGCCAUCGGGGCCGUGGCCAGUCCCCUUGCCAGCCCGAGUCGUGAUGCAGUGACUGCAGUGAGUAAACGUGAGGUCCCAGCUACCCAUGGACUUCACGAGCGACAAGCUGCCCACUGGGGCAGACAGUGGGCAAAGAGAGACAGAGUCCAAGGACGGGCGUUGCUUCCCAUGCGUAUCGGUCUCUCACAGAGGAAUCUGGAUGUUGGAGCACGCCACUUGAAGAAAAUCUCUGAUCCGAAAUCGUCAGACUAUGGAAAGCACAUGUCGACUGAUGAGGUUAUUGAGAUGUUCGCGCCAUCCGAAUCUACCGUAAAUGCUGUGAAGGAAUGGCUUGUGGGCGCCGGCUUUGCUGCUGAGAAGAUAAGUCUUUCGGCCAACAAGCAGUGGAUUCAGUUUGAUGCACAUGCCGAAGAUGUUGAAGAAAUUUUGGCUGCCGACUACUAUGAGUACGAGCAUCUUUCCUCUGGCAGCAAAAUGGUCGCUGUUGAGGAGUACCAUAUUCCUCUCGAAUUGCGUGAUCACAUUGACUACAUCACCCCUGGUGUCAAGCUUCGAGCCGACCCUGGCAAGGUGAAGCAGAUGAAGCGACGUCUUCAACGAGAGGCUCUCAAGAAGCGUGAUGUCAAGCCUUUGUAUGCCAACCUAGAGUUCUUCAGUGACGAGAAAGGCAAUGCGGCUGCCCUUCCGCCUCUGAACUCGAGUGUUUGCAAUAUCUACGUUACUACCGACUGCAUCAAGGCUCAGUAUAACAUUCCAACCAACACACUUGCUGCCCCUGGCAACGAACUCGGUAUAUUCGAGUCUUUGGACGAUCAUUACAGCAGAGAGGACCUCGACACCUUUUUCGCCCAACUUCACCCGGAAAUUCCGCAAGGCUUUUAUCCUGAAGAAAGAUUGGUUGACGGUGCUAUUGGUGCUGUUGAGGAUGUUCCUGGUUACAACCAGACAGACGCGGGUGUUGAGUCUGAUCUGGACUUUGAAGCUGCACUGCCAUUGAUCUACCCUCAGAAGACCGUUCUGUUCCAGACUGAUGACGAGUUCUACGAAAUCAACGAGACACAAUCAGACACGCCUCUCUAUGGCUUUUACAACACUUUCUACGACGCAAUCGACGGUUCUUAUUGCUCGUACUCGGCGUACGGUGAGACUGGCGACUGUACUGAUCCCGCAUGUCUCGACCCUGUUUACCCAAACCCCAACCCGGGUGGCUACAAGGGACAACGCCAGUGUGGCGUUUACGAGCCUACCAAUGUCAUCUCGAUUUCGUACGGUGGCGGCGAGUCUGAUUUGCCUGUAUCUUACCUGAAGCGCCAGUGUAGCGAGAUCAUGAAGCUUGGCUUGCAGGGUGUCACUGUUCUAGAGUCCUCCGGCGAUGACGGUGUAGCUUCCUUCCCCGGUGAUUUUGGUUACGAGAAUGGCUGUGCCGGUCCUGACAGCACGGUCUUUUACCCUUCAGCUGACGCUACCUGUCCUUACGUUUUGGCCGUUGGCUCAACUCAAUUCAACCAUGUCACGAGCAACAGUACCGGCGUUUACGGUAACAGCACCAGCACCUAUUAUGAGUCGGCCACCGCGCGCUUCCCUAGCGGUGGUGGCUUUUCCAACUACUUCGACGUUCCCGAAUGGCAGACGGACGCCGUCUCGACCUACUUUGAUGAAGUCACCCUGGACUUCACAGGCUAUGAGAACGCUGGUACCAAUUUCAGUGACGUCGGCAAUGGCGUUUACAAAAUUGGUGGACGCGGCUACCCUGACGUUUCCGCCAUCGGUGAUUACUACCUGGUCUUUACCGAGGGUGUCUGGGCCCGUGUUGGCGGCACAUCGCUCUCGGCGCCUGUCUUUGCAUCAGUCUUGACUCUCGUCAACGAGCAACGUAUUGCUGCUGGCAAGAGCACCGUGGGCUUCGUCCAUCCUAUCCUGUAUGCUCACCCAGAGGUUUUCAACGAUGUCACGGAAGGGUCCAACCCCGGAUGCGACUCUACCGGUUUCCUGGCAGCUAAGGGCUGGGAUCCCGUGACCGGUCUUGGAACACCAAAUUUCCCCAAACUCGUCGACCUGCUACUCAACGUAUAAGCUAUCUACAAAAUAGUUGGUUUCCUGGCUCACAAGUCGAAUGGAGCUGACGAGCUGAACUAGUUCAUAUAGUUACGUGC